AUGGGUGGAAGCUGCCCUGAGGGUCAGAACUGGGACCAAUUGGUGAAAAAAUGCAUGAGCUGUCGUUUGGUCUGCCAGAAACCGUAUGCCAUCAGCAGGUGCAUCAGUUUUUGUGAGUCUACACAUUGCAAGCGGCUGCCCGGUCACUACUAUGAUGUGCUGCUGAAGACGUGCAUGAGGUGCGCUGAGGUUUGUGGCAAACAUCCAGCAGAAUGCUCCCAGCACUGCCACACUACAUCACCUCCUGUUACCAGGAAAAUGCUCCUACCGAACUCCAGAGAGGCCUCAGUGCCGAUGGCCCUGGAGGACUCCACGCUCCUGCUCUACUCUCUGCUGGCCCUGUGCAUGGUGCUGCUGUUCUCUAGCUUGUCUUUGGCCCUGGCGGUCUUACUGAGGAGGUCCAGGGCCAAAAGCUCCAAGCCGAGACCCAAGGAGGCCAAACAGAAGCCGGUCGUGCAGCCGGGUGAAAGGAAUGGCAUGCGAGGUGGGCAGCUGGAGCACACUUCCAAAGAUUUUGUAAAGAGUUCCGGCUGCCCCCCGAACCGUGAGCAGUCAGAUGACUCCAUCCCGACAGAGACGUGCGUGUGCAUCCACUGUUUCCCGGACCUGAAAGCUCUAGGCCAAAGCAAUGACAGGCCACUGGGACCACCGCUCUCCUUCAACCAGCAGGCCGGCCUCCCAGUGGCCCAGACCAUGGAGGGCAGGCCUCUCUGGACUGAGCAGAGCCUCCACGGACCAGGAGGGGACAGCAGUGAGAUAAGGUUCCUUUGCUCCCCUUCAAAUUAAAGUGUCUCGCAGGAAAAAAACGGAACGGAUAACAACGUCCCCAACGCACCGGAGAUGUUCAUCAGUAUUUGUCUUACUGAAUCUUCACAGUGGGGAUUAGAGUUAGCAAGAGAUAGGCCAAAAAUAGACGAGUAAUUGCAAAUAAAUAUGCAAUACUUAGAAUUGCAGGGAAAUGUCAGAUAUAAUUGGAAUAAAGACACAUUUAUAAAGUGUAACAACAGAAUAUAUACAGUGUGAGAAU